AUGAGGAAAAGUCUUUUCUCAGAAGGUUUAGAUGAUCCAGAGAAAAAUUGUUUUGCUGUUCUCCUCAGAGAUUGUGAUGGUAACGUUGUCUAUAACUUGACAGGCGACUUACAUUUGGAAUUCGUAAAUGGUGGCAAUGAUAAACGUAAAUGUCAAACUGGUGUGACUGCUGGUGUCGAAAGUAAUAGUCAAACCGUUAGCAAUACACCGGUUAAUCAAAUAAUUCCUUAA